CGCGCUGGAAUGGCGGCCUCAGCUGUAGCUGCGGCUGCUUCUUAAGGUUGGUCCUUGCUGGGCGCUCCUGGGAUAGCGUGGCCUCAUCCUUCUUUGUCCCGUUGACCCGCGCGUCGUCCCAUCGGGUGCCACUUUCCUGCAGCCGGUAGCAUGGGCCGGGAGUCGCGCCACUAUCGGAAACGAUCAGCAUCCCGAGGACGCUCUGGAAGUCGAUCUAGAAGUCGCUCACCCUCAGACAAAAGAAGCAAACGUGGAGAUGACAGGCGAUCUAGAAGCAGAGAUAGAGAUAGAAGGAGAGAGAGGUCUCGGAGCAGGGAUAAAAGAAGAUCUCGUUCAAGGGACAGAAAACGCCUAAGGCGUUCCAGAAGUAGAGAGAGAGACAGAAGUCGAGAGCGAAGAAGAUCUCGAAGCCGAGACAGGAGGCGCUCAAGGAGUAGAAGCCGGGGCCGGCGAUCCCGCUCUUCCAGUCCUGGCAAUAAAAGCAAGAAAACUGAGAAUAGGUCUAGGUCCAAAGAGAAAACAGAAGGUGGGGAAAGUUCUAAAGAGAAGAAAAAAGACAAAGAUGACAAAGAGGAUGAGAAAGAAAAAGAUGCUGGUAACUUUGACCAGAAUAAGCUGGAGGAAGAAAUGAGAAAGCGAAAAGAAAGAGUUGAAAAAUGGCGAGAAGAGCAGCGUAAAAAGGCAAUGGAAAACAUAGGGGAGCUGAAAAAGGAAAUUGAAGAGAUGAAACAAGGAAAAAAGUGGAGUUUAGAAGAUGAUGAUGAUGAUGAAGAUGAUCCUGCAGAGGCUGAAAAGGAAGGAAAUGAGAUGGAGGGUGAGGAGCUAGAUCCAUUGGAUGCUUACAUGGAAGAAGUAAAAGAAGAAGUAAAAAAGUUUAACAUGAGAAGUGUAAAAGGUGGUGGGGGGAAUGAAAAGAAGUCUGGGCCAACGGUCACAAAAGUUGUCACUGUUGUAACAACUAAAAAAGCAGUCGCGGAUUCUGAUAAGAAGAAGGGUGAGCUGAUGGAGAAUGACCAGGAUGCCAUGGAGUAUUCUUCAGAAGAGGAAGAAGUUGAUCUUCAAACGGCCCUUACAGGCUAUCAGACAAAACAGAGAAAACUUCUUGAACCAGUUGAUCAUGGAAAAAUUGAAUAUGAACCAUUCAGAAAAAACUUUUAUGUUGAAGUUCCAGAGCUAGCAAAGAUGUCUCAAGAGGAGGUGAAUGUAUUUCGAUUGGAAAUGGAAGGCAUUACAGUUAAAGGAAAAGGUUGCCCCAAACCAAUUAAAUCUUGGGUCCAGUGUGGAAUUUCCAUGAAGAUCUUAAAUUCCCUCAAAAAGCAUGGCUAUGAGAAGCCUACGCCAAUCCAAACCCAAGCGAUUCCUGCCAUAAUGUCUGGACGUGAUUUGAUUGGCAUUGCCAAGACAGGAAGUGGAAAGACCAUUGCUUUUCUAUUGCCCAUGUUUAGGCACAUCAUGGAUCAGAGGUCAUUAGAAGAAGGAGAGGGGCCAAUAGCUGUCAUCAUGACUCCAACUCGAGAACUGGCUUUACAAAUUACUAAAGAGUGUAAGAAGUUUUCAAAGACCUUGGGACUUAGAGUGGUCUGUGUUUAUGGAGGAACAGGAAUCAGUGAACAGAUUGCUGAGUUGAAAAGAGGUGCUGAAAUUAUUGUUUGCACACCUGGUCGAAUGAUUGACAUGUUAGCAGCAAACAGUGGCCCUUCAAGAUUUAUAGAACUGGGCUUCCGAGACUUAAACCAUCAAAGGUUCUUCAGGCCCUAUGAUGGUCGGGUGACAAAUCUUCGAAGAGUGACAUAUGUUGUUUUAGAUGAAGCAGAUAGAAUGUUUGACAUGGGUUUUGAACCACAGGUCAUGCGCAUUGUGGAUAAUGUUCGUCCUGAUCGACAGACUGUUAUGUUUUCAGCUACCUUCCCCAGAGCUAUGGAGGCUUUGGCUCGCAGAAUUCUGAGUAAACCCAUUGAAGUACAAGUUGGAGGCAGGAGUGUGGUUUGCUCAGACGUGGAGCAGCAAGUGAUUGUGAUUGAAGAAGAAAAGAAAUUCUUGAAGUUACUCGAGCUUCUAGGCCAUUAUCAGGAAUCGGGAUCUGUCAUUAUAUUUGUGGAUAAGCAAGAACAUGCUGAUGGUCUUCUGAAGGAUUUAAUGAGGGCGUCUUAUCCUUGCAUGUCUCUUCAUGGAGGUAUUGAUCAAUAUGACAGAGAUAGCAUCAUAAAUGACUUUAAGAAUGGAACCUGCAAACUUCUCGUGGCCACAUCUGUCGCCGCCCGAGGUCUAGACGUGAAACAUCUGAUUCUUGUAGUAAAUUACAGCUGCCCCAACCAUUAUGAGGACUAUGUGCACAGAGCAGGGCGGACUGGGAGAGCAGGCAACAAGGGUUAUGCCUAUACUUUUAUCACCGAAGACCAAGCUCGCUAUGCUGGUGACAUAAUUAAAGCUCUUGAAUUGUCAGGGACUGCAGUGCCUCCUGAUCUAGAGAAACUUUGGAGCGAUUUCAAAGAUCAGCAGAAAGCUGAAGGAAAAAUAAUUAAAAAGAGUAGUGGGUUCUCUGGCAAGGGAUUCAAGUUUGAUGAAACAGAACAAGCAUUGGCCAAUGAGAGGAAGAAGUUACAAAAAGCAGCACUUGGUCUACAAGACUCAGAUGACGAGGAUGCUGCGGUGGAUAUUGAUGAACAAAUUGAAAGCAUGUUUAAUUCAAAGAAGAGAGUAAAGGACAUGGCUGCUCCUGGGACGUCUAGUGUCCCUGCUCCAACUGCAGGGAAUGCUGAGAAAUUAGAAAUUGCCAAAAGACUGGCUCUUAGAAUCAAUGCUCAGAAGAAUUUGGGCAUCGAGUCUCAGGUAGAUGUGAUGCAGCAGGCCACCAAUGCCAUUCUCAGAGGCGGCACUAUUCUUGCUCCCACUGUGUCUGCAAAAACCAUUGCAGAGCAGCUUGCAGAAAAGAUCAAUGCCAAGCUCAAUUACGUGCCUUUAGAGAAACAAGAAGAAGAGCGACAGGACGGUGGACAGAAUGAAUCUUUUAAGAGAUAUGAGGAAGAAUUAGAGAUCAAUGACUUCCCACAGACGGCUAGGUGGAAGGUUACCUCUAAGGAAGCUCUACAAAGAAUAAGUGAAUAUUCUGAAGCUGCCAUUACAAUCAGAGGAACGUACUUCCCUCCUGGCAAAGAACCCAAGGAAGGAGAGCGGAAAAUCUAUUUGGCAAUUGAAAGUGCCAAUGAGCUGGCUGUGCAGAAAGCAAAAGCAGAAAUCACCAGGCUCAUAAAGGAAGAGCUGAUCCGACUGCAAAACUCAUACCAACCAACAAAUAAAGGAAGAUACAAAGUCUUAUAAACAUCUAGAAAACAUUUUUUUACUUGUGCUGGCCUGUGAUAACACGUGGCAGUUGUUGACUGAAGUUUACAAUAUAUUGUAAAUUAAGACUUUUAAAAAUUCUGUCUUGCUGAUUUUUUUAAAUACAAGAAACCAGUAUUUGCUAAAGAAAUCUUCUGACAGUAAGUACCCCCAUAGUUAUUCAAAUUAUAUUUAAAUCAGGCCUGUUUUCAGAGUAUGAUGAUGUUCUUUACUGUAAAAUUUAAAUAUUGGUAUUUUAAACAUAUUUGGAUAAUAUUCCUGUGACUUAAACAAUGGAAACAUUCAGACUUUGUAUUGAAGGUAAUAAAGUAUAAAAGUCACAAAGGGACUACUCACUUUAUCUUUCAGUGAAAUUGUGAUGAUCUAAGAAAAGGUAAACUCUUGUCAUACUGUAUCCAUGCUCUUUGAGCUUAAACCUUAACUCACUGCAACAUAUGUUAUAGGAGUUUUACAAAG